AAACCACAUAGGAGUAGUGGAAAUUCUUGGUUACUCUGUAAUCAGCUGAUCAGCUAGUAUAUCUUUGUUGUCAGAAACAAAAAGGUAACUUUUGCCCGCUGUAGAAACUAUUUCUGUUAUUUAAGUAGCGAAUAUAGAUAAACAAUAGUGAUUGCAUUGAUGGAAUCGUAAUACUAAAUAUGAGUGAUUUAACAGAUAAAGUGAUUGCCGCGAAAACGGCUUUAAUAGCCGCUUUGGGUGACAGUGCCCCGAAAUAUUUAGCAAACAUGAAACUAUGGUUUCGUUAUAAAUGGACCAAGGAGGAAUUUGAUAGUGAAUCAAGAAAAUUCCUUACACCCGAUAAAAUGCAUUUACACAAUCAAUUUCUCAUAGCUAUACUUAACAAAAUUGACACAUUUCAAACGCCACAACAAUCGCCUUCACUUUUUGCAAACAGUAGUGGUGUUGGUACUACACCUAGCGGUGCCAGUGGUGGAAGUAGCAGCAGUCGUAGUCGUAAACGCAAGCGAAGCUCCAGAGCUGUCAGCGAUCGUGUAACAUUCGAGCCAUAUGACUUUCUUGAUUUUAUUGUGGAAGAUAACUUGGAAUGCAUUAAACCCACCGCUGGUACGGAUGCCAAUGUACAGAUAUUACCCACACAGCGUUACUGUGUACAGGAGCUAUUUUUGCCAGAUGCAGGAUUUGUACUUGGUCGUUUUCUUAUUGGUGCUUGGGAAAUGGGACUGACGAAUGUGGAAGAUAACGUAGCUGAGUAUGUCGCAAUGGCAGUGCAGGUGCUCCUAAAAAAUCUUAUAUCUGCGAUUAUAAUGAACCGUAAACAUUAUAAAGUAACCGGAGAUGGCUCCUUCUAUUACGAUGUUGGCGCAGCGCUAAAAGACCCCUCCUUGCGAAAUACUGUUACUCGACAGAAAAUUGAUGAUGGUCCACUGGAAUUAGAUAAGGAAAUAACAUCACCCAAUUUCAUGCGCCGUUCAAAUGAGGAUGGUGUUUUUCUGUCUGCUUGUGAAGAAGUAGAACCACAAAAGCGGGAAUUGAUUACAUUAGGAGAUGCACAGCGAGCUUUUAACGAUCGCAACCUCAUAGCUUCCCACACUGUUUAUGCUAUCAAUAUGGAACGACUCACACAGAUGUUGCAUUAAUAUUAUGGAAUAACAUUACUAAGCUAAGAUAACUUGAAUUUUCUAUGAAAUUUUAUUUAAAAUAUUUUUUUCUUAUAUU